UUUCUUGAGGUUAUAAAGUACUUUUAAGGGCGAACCUCCAGUGCACGCUAUCCAUUACUCUUAUCAUCAAAACAUGAGUAUAUUGAGCUGCACCAUUGGUCAGUCCUGACUCAUUGUAUCGGGCAAAGGGAUCGCAGAAGUUGUAGGCGAAACAAUCAGCUAGCUAGUAGCCAGGCAGCAUUAGCCAUUCACGGCUAGUUGCUCCAUCCCCGUUACUGCUGGGCUGCUAUCUAUGCUAAUGGUGGCUGCACGCAUACUGCAAAUUAAUUCGACGGGGACGCUGUAUGGGUGCAGUUCACAUGUUUGAGUCAUACGUAAACAUGAGAUUUAGGGUAGUGAUUGUGUACAUUCUCAAACGGAGUCUUUAUAAUACCUGACGUUACAUUUAAUCGCAGUGUUGUGAUUUUUUUUUACGCGAUGCAGCGAACAUACCGACUAGCUAAGCGAGCAAACUUCACAUAGCUCAGUGUUAAACGAGAGGGCGUGAUUACCAAACUCAUUCAAUAAAGUGGUCGUGGUACGAAUGAUGACCUGCAGUGCAUUGCAAUUGAUGGGCAGUGUUUUUCCUCCACCGCAAGCCUAUAUUUAGCUCCUCGGUUCAGUGCAGGUGCUAGUUAGCCUGCUAACUAGCAUGCCACAUCUAGUCGUGUUGUGCACUGAAGUUGGUCGUGCUAACCGUUAGCUCGCCAGCUUGUGUGUGUACGCCAAGGCGUGUUUGCCUCGACGGUCGAGCUCUUUCCUUCAGCUCUGUGUCUAUUUUAAAAAGUACAGACGAGCGUAACGGGGGCUGUUCGUAUGGCAGAUGUAGGAGUGGGUUUAGUGUUUUGGAUUACACCUGUGUGCUUCAUAACUUUGUAACGUUAUAUGGGGAUGGCGACGGCUGGGGAGCUGUGAGCGAAGGAUAUGAACGUUUUUCUCAUGGGUGCCCACGUUCUGCUGCCGAGGAGAGAGCACCAGGAUGAGGACGCUGUAGGCCCCCACCGUACUAUGGCCGCGUCCCGUUCCUCGCGCGUCACGCGGUCAUCAGUGGGGCACAAUGGACUGGACGAGAACUUCUGUGGCCGAACCCUCCGGAACCGUAGCAUCGCCCCGCCCGACGAGACGGCGGCGUCGCCCGUGCCCCGGGCCCGCUCACCCAAGAAGAAGCAGGAGACGCGGCAGGACGGCCAGUCGUCGCAGUCCCCGUCGCCGGGCAAGGUAGCGGACCCAAAGCCCGCCGAGGGCGAGCCGUGGACCGGCUCCCGGAAGCGCAGCGCGCCGUGUCCGGACAAGGAGGGGUCGGAGACCUGCGUGAGGGGGAGGGGGGCGCGGGAGUCCUCCCCUCAGCUCAAGAAGGCCAAGCAGGGUCCGCCUUCUGAGGCGUCUUCUGGAGGAGCUGAGGACGACGACGAGGAAGAGGAAGAGGAGGAGGAGGAGGAGGAAGAAGACGACAUCGAUGAGGACGACGACGCGGCGUCCAUCGACGCAGAGAGCCCUGGGUCGGUGUUCGACGACAUCAAGGACAACGGCCGCGCCUCGCCCGUCCUCGCCGACGCGAUCAAACGCGAGGCGGACGAGGUGGAGGUCACGGCCGGUGGGCCCCCCAACGCCCACGGGGCCUCCAACGGCCUGGUCGAGGUCAAGGCGGAGCCCGCCGGCGGCCCCCGCGCGCCGACCGUCGACGCGAAGCCCGCCGCCGCCGGCCCCGCGCUGCCCAAUGGCAGCCAGUCGGCGGCGCCCCCGUCCCCUGAGCUCACCGUGCCUUGUAGAAACUCUACCCCCGUGCCGUCGGAGCCCCCGUCGGCCCCCCCGCCGGACCCUUUAGCGGAGGACCCGCUCCCUGAGCUGCUGGGGGCCGAGGAGCAGGAGGUGGAGGUGGAGGUGGCGUGCUCGGCCCGGGAGGAGGCGGUGGUGACGGAGGCGGAGGUGGGGGGCACCAACGGGCGCGCGCCGUCGCCGCGGGUGGAGGUGGUCGCUGUCGCCUCCUCCUUCUCCUCCGCUCACGACGUAGACAUUAGCCCGGCGAACCACCGCCACCAAAACAACAACAACAGCCACUCAGGAGAAAGCUCACCCCCGCUAGAACCCCCGCCGGCCCCCACGCCCUCCCCCACAGAGCCCGUCUCCCCCCCCCCACACACACACCCUGCCGGCUCCCCCACGGACCUCGGAUGCAACCCCUCCCCGCCGUCGUUCACGGAGCCCCACGAACACAGAUACACCCUGCGGACUUCCCCCCGGAGGGCCCCCCCCAGCGGCAGGCCCUCCCCCCCCAGGGACAACGGCUUCCUGGGGGGGGGAGAGGCGGAGGAGCCCCCGCUCUCGGACCUCGUGGGGCCCCUCCUCAGCGAGGCGCCGGCCUCGGUGGGGGCCGGAGACGGGGGCGGAGCCGGGGUGUCGCUGGGGGCCCCGGAGGACAUUGGGCCCCUGAAGGACAACGAGGCGGUGGGCGGUAAAGCGGGGGCCGCGGCCACAGCGCGGACGGGCGCGGAGGAGGAAGAGGAGGAGGAGGAAGAGCCGGAUGUAUAUUACUUUGAGUCGGACCACCUGGCACUGAAGCACAACAAAGACUACCAGCGCCUGCUGCAGACGAUCGGAGUGCUGGAGGCCCAGCGGACGCAGGCCGUGCUGGACCUGGAGACCCUGACGCGCCACCAGAGACAGGCGCUGGCCGCGCCCGUCAGCUUCGUGGAGCAGCUGCAGAAAAGGGAGAACAUGGGCAUGCCCUGCCCCCAGCGGGUGGUCCAGCUCCCGGACAUCGCCUGGGACAAGUACACCUCGGGGCUGGGCGACUUCGAGCGGGAGUUCUGCGACAAGAAGCGCAAAACCCGGCAGCUGAAGCUCAUCUUUGACCAGGGGAUGCCCACCAGGCCGACCAGUCCGGUGGAGCCGAAGAAGGAGGGCGAGCCCUCUGCCAUGUACUCACUGCUGCCCACUAGUGACACCCUGGAGAACGGCAACGACUCCCAGCUGAUCAGAGGAAGGAUCUGCAACUCCAACAAGCCGGACACCUUUAACCAGCUGUGGACUGUUGAGGAGCAGAAAAAGCUGGAACAACUUCUGCUCAAGUUCCCUCCUGAGGAAGUGGAGUCUAAAAGGUGGCAGAAGAUCGCCGACGCGUUGGGAAACCGGACCACCAAACAGGUGGCCAGCCGGGUCCAGAAGUACUUCAUCAAGCUGACCAAGGCCGGGAUCCCGGUUCCUGGAAGGACGCCCAACCUGUGCAUGUACACCAAGAAGGUGUCAAACAAGCGGCAGCACCACCUCAACAAGCACCUGUACCGGCCCUCCACCUUCCUGGCGUCCUACGAGCCCCCCGUCUUCAUGGAGGAGGAGGACGAGCGCGCCGCCUACUACAGCAGCCUUCAGGACCCCUCAGCCGACGACUCCGAGGAGGAGGGCGUGCCUGAGGAGCUGAGACACCUUCCUGAGUACCAGGAGCUGUUGGAGCUGAAGAGGCUGAAGAAGAGGAGGCUCAGGGAGAUCAGGGACGAGGGCAGCACGAUGCAACACCCGGGCUAUAAGUGUGACGCCUGCGGCGUGGAGCUCAUCCAGGGGACGAGGUGGCACUGCGCCGACUGCCCGCCGGACAACGCCGUGGACCUCUGCUCCAGCUGCUCCGACUGCCUGUUCAAGACGGAGACCCACUCGGCGGAUCACCACCUGGAGCCCGUCAGCCAGCCCGACUCCUUCCUCGACCGCGACUACCGCCUCCCGCACGCCGCCGGCUACAACUACCUGGACCCCAACUACUACCCUGCCAACAGAUGACAGGGCCCCGCCCGGCCCCGGCUCCC